ACUGACAGUUACCACCACCUCAACUAGCAUCCUCAACCUCAAACCAAAGCUCAAACUCGCGAAAUUACAGUGAUAUCCAUUUCUCGAUGGCUAGAACACAGUCACAGAAACGUCCGUCUCUUGGGAUUUGUGAAACCAGUCCAACUCCACCUCCGGCCUUGCUUCAUCACCAGGACGCUCUGAGGCUCGAGCAGGGGAUCUCGCCUCUGUACCUGCAACGUUAGGCAUGGCCUCUCCGGGUAUGCUCGCCAGAAUGAAACGCUUCUUCAAUCGAUCGAACCAAGGUUCUUCAACUACCAUCGCGGCAGAAAUUGCUGGUCCAGGCUCCAGUGGGGGAGUUCAGAAGGCACAGGAACAGUCCCAAGCGGCUCCAGAUCUGGAUGCCGCGGCCACAAGUUCUGGCGGUGGGGCUCAAGCCCAACAGGAGACAUCUCAGACAGUUUCGACCAAAAAUGUCGAAAAGUCAAUCGCUAAACCCGAGCCUCAACACGCGCCAACGUCGGCUGGGAAGGAUGUCGAUGCUGCAGUGGAAAGUUUUGGCUGCAUCGAUCCCAUUCCGCGUGUCGCCCAAGGUGCUGUCGCUGCCGUCGGUAACGCCAAUACCACAUUCUCCGAGAUUCAAAAUUUGAGUGAUACGUAUCUCAAACCUUUCAAAGUUUUCAAUCAAGUCGUUUCCACUCUCGCCAACGUAAGGAUUUCACUUUUUGUAUCCAUACAAUGAUUGCAUGCGUGCGCCAGGUCCACCCCUACGCCCAGAUUGCGCUAGGAAUCUUAACCUCUGCCGCUCAGUUGCUCAUCAAUCAAGCGAAUGUAGACAAGGCGGUGUCCGAUCUCCUCGACAAGGUGCAAAGCGUUUACGAAUUCCUUACGGAAA